UUGUGCCUAGGAGAAGUCGUUCUCAUUCAGUCACGGGCAACACUCAACCACAGUCGGCUCUACAGACGGAUCAGACGGAUACCACCACUCCCACCACCACAUCGACCUUUCCAUACAUCGCCAGCAUGAACAAGUACGGGAUGGUUGGCGUUUGCCUACUGGCUGCUCUGGGCGCUCUGCUCCUGGAGGUCACCGCCUCUCCUUCGUCCACCGGCUCGGCGAGUACCAAGCUGGAUCCCAGCCAGCUAGGCGGACUUUCGGCCCAGUUCUUACCGCCCGAGUACCGCAACACGAACGUUAGCAUCGAGGACGUUAAAAGAAUAUAUCGUGAAAAAUGCAAGAAGGUUAAUGGAGCGGACAACGCGACCUUCUACGAGGAAAUCGAGCGGGCGGCCGCGAAGAUGAGCACCUGCAUCAGCGGAGUGGUCAACCUGACGGCUCUGCAGGAGGAGAUGGAUGUGGCCAAGCCGAACGGCGACCUGGACAUGGUGUUUAGCAAGUACUGCCAGAAGGCACCGCAGGCGGAGGCCUGUGUCAAGGAGUUCAACGCCAAGGCCCAGCAUUGCUUGACCGCCGAGGAGAAGCGCCACCAGGAGACGGUCACCCGCAUUGGAGCGUCCGUUCUGGGCUUCGCCUGCUCGCAUGGUGGCGAUCAGAUUGCCCUCUUCAUUGCCGAGCAGGGACCCGAGUGCCUGGAGGCCAACAAGGAGGCCAUAAGCAAUUGCCUCAACCAAUCCUUCCAUCAGUACAUUCCCAAGGAUGGCCAAGUUCCGGACCUGAUGAGCCGCCCAGAACUCCUGUUCUCGCCCACCCACUGCGUGGACCUGCAGCGCUUCGAGGCGUGUGUCGUCCAUCAUUUGGAACAGUGCACCCAGAUCACAACCGCCAACAUCGUUCAGUCCGUCUUCCGCUUCGUGAAGAACGAGACCGACUGCCAGGCUUGGAUGCAGGCUCGUGCCAACGAGAAGCCCAUCCUGCUGGCCGCCUCCGGCAACAAUACAGCCACUGGACUCGCCUACUCUCUGGCCGGCCCUCUCUUGGGCGCCACAAUGCUCCUGAUGCGCCCCUGAAUGGAAAACAUACCUAGGUUAUCUUUUUUUUGCGAUAACUAACACCUGUGUAUUACUGACUUUUUUUUUUGUUUGUCUGUUUGUGUGUGUAUAGUGGGCACCGAGUAUCGGUGCCGUAUAAUUUAAUGUCUCCUAAGGAAUUGCCAAUAAUAAACGCGAUUACGAUGAACGCA